GGACGCUCCCGGGCGCCCGGCCUCACACUGGGACAGUGGCGGCCCUGGACAGGUUUUCUAGCCGACGGGUCGGGGGCCGUGGCCGCAAUGGGCCGAGGCCGCUCUGACCUGGGCCCGCGGACGGACGUGGGAGAUGGCCAGUUCUGACUCUGGGGCUGCUCGUGUCAGAAGCAAAGCCCUUCCAGGUUGCUGUGGGCUUACGGGGUGUCCUCCAUCCCCAGAGGUGCCGAGUGGCGCAGUGACUGCCUGGCCUGGGGCCAACGUGUCCCUGAUCUGUCCGGGCGAGGAGCCGGGAGGUGGUGCCACAGUCCACUGGCUGCUGGGGACCCUGGGCUCCCCGCAGGACCCUGCCGCUGGCAAGGGAGGGAGGCUGCUUCUGAGGUCAGUGCAGCCCAGCGACUCUGGAAACUACUCCUGUUACCGGGACGGCCACCUGGCUGGAACCGUGCACUUGCUGGUGGAAGCCCCCCCCGAGGAGCCGCAGAUCACCUGCUUCCGGAAGAGCCUCCUGGGCAAGGUGGCCUGUGAGUGGAGUCCUCAGAGCCCCCCGUCCCCGACGACCACGGCCACACUCCUGGUGAGGAAGUUUGGGACCAGGCCCACGGGAGACUCGGAGCAACCGUGCUGGUACUUUCCGGGGCCCCAGACCUUCUCCUGCCAGCUGGCAGUCCCCGAGGGGGACAACUCCUUGUACGUGGUGUCCCUGUGCGUCACCAAUGCCGCCGGGAGCAAGUCCAGCCGACCCCAAACGUUUGAGGGCUACGGAGUCCUGCAGCCGGACCCGCCCGUCAACGUCUCUGUCACUGCUGUGCCCGGAAACCCCCGCUGGCUCAGGGUCACCUGGCAGGACCCCCCCUCCUGGAACUCCUAUUUCUACAAGCUGCGGUUCGAGCUCCGAUACCGGGCGGAGCGGUCAAAGACGUUCACAACAUGGAUGGUCGAGGAGCUGGAGCACCACUGCAUCAUCCGCGACGCCUGGAAGGGCACAAGGCACAGGGUGCAGCUCCGGGCGCGGGAGGAGUUCGGCCUGGGCUCCUGGAGCGCGUGGAGCCCCGAGGCCGCGGGCUCCCCGUGGACAGUCGAGGCGGCUGCUCAUCCAGCCGCGCCCUGGGAGCGGCGGCCGCUCACCGUUAACGUGGCUCUUCUGCCCACAGAACCCGGGAGCCCCUCAGCCGAGCCCGGGGCGCCCGCCCCCACCCAGGCACUGACCACCAGCGGAGACACUGAAAUUAUUCUCUUGCAAGAUUCUGUGAACGCAACCAGCCUCCCAGUGCACAACUCCUCUGCGGUGCCGCUGCCCGCCUUCCUGGUGGCCGGAGGAAGCCUGGCCUUGGGGACCCUCCUGUGCGUGGGCCUGGUCCUGAGGUCAGCCUCCUCAGGUCUGAGGGUGGGAGCCGCGGGCAGCUGCCUUCCCCACGCCUGGGAACAGCAGACGGGUCGAAGAGCAUCUCAGGGCCUGGCGGUCUGAAAUGGAAUCGUGCUUACUUCCUGUACCUCCUCACUGGCAUUUGUGGACUGUGGGUGGUCACGCUGGGCGCUGGCUGGACCGGAGCCGGAGCCCUGGCUCCAGGGCCCUGUUUGGGCCCCAGGACUUGAGGAGGAGAGAAGAGAGGGGGGCUGGUAGUGGGGACAGGCUUCCUUGCCGCCCCCCCAGGGGACCCGCCCCCCGUCCCCUCCAGAAGAGCUGGCCGCAGGGACCUCUCCGCGGCGGGAGGGGCUGCACUUGCUGUGCCCCAGCUCCGCCUACUUUGUUUUCAGCUGAGCCCAAGGAACAAGGGAAGAUAGUAUUUACACGAAAUGACAAAAAGAACCGGCAGGAAUGUAUUUUUUUUUUAUUCAGAGAACUGCUGUUUGAUGUAGAGAGGGCGGAGAGCCCACGUCCGCCCCGCAGUGGGCCCCGUCACCUGGGGAGAGGGACCAGGACUGUGUUUAGCACAAAUCUGAGUCGAGGGGAAAAGGAGGAGAAAAGACAGUUCUCCUUUUCAAGCGGAGUCAGGUUUCAUUCUGUCUCGUUUUCUUUGUCCUGAAACGUCCACUGCCUCUUGUUGAACUUGGGGGAAGCAGCCGUUCCCCUCCAGGCAGCCUUGGGGGGCACGCUGUCCCCUCAGGGCCGUGGCUCAUCACGAAGUCGGCUGCUGCGGGCCUUCUUCAGUUCCUUGAAUUUGGUUCAGCUCAGCUAGGGUUGGGCGCCGCUGAGCUUGUGGCCGUGGCUGAGCGUCCGGGCUGUGACGAGGGGGGGGCGCUCAUGGUUUCCCCAGCAGGUGCCCUCCCACGAGGCCCGCCCCACGAUGAAGCUGUGAUCACAAUCAGCCUCGGCUGAAAACUCCCCGACCCGCAGACUUUCACGCAGGCUCCGCUCUUCGAAGCCCCCCACCGGCAGCAGGCAGGCGCCGCGGUGACACGGCCGUGCGUCUCUUGCCGUCGCCGGGUUCGCGCCGUCCCUGCUGCUUUGGACACCGGGUCCUAAGCCGACAGAGGCUUGGCGGGCGUCUGCUGUUCUUCUACAGCGUUUCUCUGAGCGCAGCAGAACUGCUGCGACAGGGAACUGCGGAGCCGUGAGCGAGAAGGGCGUGUGGGCCGGGCGGAGGCCCAGGCCCUCGGAGGCCGGCCUCUGAUCUGCCCGCGUUCACGCUUUCGUUAUUACUGUCACGGAACGGGUUUUUUUUUUUUUUUGGUAUUGAAGAGGGUUUUCCCCCUUUUUUCCUUUAUAAGCUAGUGUGAAUGAAGGAAGAGUGUUUUUCUCUGGGUUGUGGGUCCCGCUCCGUGCCCACGGGCGCCCCCGCUAAGGCUCCUCUGCGCCUCCGUGGCCCUGUCUCUGGCCCCACGCCUGCCGAGGUCCGCCUCGCGGUCACAUGUGAAAGGGCGGCCCGCCUGCUGGUGGGAAAGGCGGAAAGCCCGCUGGGUCAGGGUCUGGGUUAACGUGCUCGGAGAUUCUUGUAGCAUUAAUGAAAAGCUGUCGAAAUGUCCGGGGACUGAGGGCUCCUUGCUCGGCGGGGCCGGGCCCUGGGCCCACGGGACCUCUGCCCCCGGCGGGGGCGGUGCGGAAUGUUCAGGAAGGCCUUGCCUUCUGCUGAAGGCCGGCCCGCUGCGGGGAGAGGCUGGCAGGUGUGGGGCCGCUGUCUUCAUCCGGAGAAGCGGGGGGCCCCGAGCGUCCCCCGAAGGCCCUCGGUGUGGCUGGUGGCAGUGCCAGUUUCUAUGACAACCUUAACGAUCACCUGGGAACGCUGGGUGUUUGCGGACGUCGGGGCUUCAGGACGGAGCAGUGCGGGGCUCCGCUGCUCCCGGAACCGGGUCGGGCUGGGGUCACACACCUGUUCUCACGAUACCUCAACUUUCCAGUGUGUGCUUUUUUAUUGAGAGAGAAAUAAUAGUUUUAAAUUUUUGUGUCUAUUUUUUACCUAAUUAUCUGAAAGCAGAUACCAAACGCUGUUGUAUUUGGGGCAAAGGGUCAGUAUGAUGUUUUUCAAUACUUUUUCUUUUUAUCAGCUAUUUUGCAUUUAGAGUGAAAAUGUAAAUGCCUGAAAUAAAUAAUUUCUACAAAUA